AUGUGGACAUUAGUGGCCAUUGUCACCGUCAGUUUGUCCUGCGUGGCAACGGGUGUUACAAGUUUUCGGCUCCGACGGUCAUGGGACUUGCAAAUUUCUAGCGUCCGUUGGCUCUUUUUCAUUUUCUUCAUGUGCUACUUUGCCUUCAGCUUCAGUCGCGUGUUAUACAUGAUUGUGGGUAUCUUCAAUCCGGUAAAGUCUACAACAGAAGCAGGCAUGGAAUUGCUCGAAAACCGAUACAGUGAACUCGGGGUCUUUGCUCUUCUCCAUUUCAAGGUCUCACAUAACGCUCUUGUCACUUUUCUGCUGGUCGUGGGGGACACGGCUCUAUUUGCAGUAGCUGUGUGGACUUUUCCACUGGUGUACGAGCUCGGACUGAUUGCUGCCAAGUCAAUGGAUCGAGGAGCAGGAAAGGAGAAGGAACAGAUUCGGUGGUAUAAAUCGAGAGUUUGGAUCAUCGUUGCAAUGUUCUUGAUCGUGGAAACUGUGCUUGCAGCUGUGAGAAGCGGAUACACUAGCUACACACAACGCUGUCUGCUUGCCGUGUACUUUACGCAGUUUUGGAGCUUCCUGUACAUGGUUUUUCACAUCGUGAGACUCAGGUGGGUUGGCCGGAAGUACGAGAAUGUGCAAGGCCACUUUGUGACGUCACCUGUCUACCAACGCCUUUCGAGGAUCAUGGCCAUCUACGCCGUCUUCACGUUGCAGUUCCAAGUGGCUUCUGUUGUCGUGUACGCCAUGCCGGACCAAGAACACAAAUUGGUGGACUUUAUGAGCGUCAGCGCUGUGAUUUACUGCGUUUCUGGGCUAGCACUCGCAAUCACGACCAUGUGCAGUCAAGUUUGUCUGCUAAACUUUUGCCGUUGCUGUCUACCUGAUGACAUUGAAGCGCAGGUUGAAGCUAGACUGAUGCAUCCCGGAGAGUUGCUGCCGCCGCAAAUUACGCACGUGAUAGUCGAAUCCGUAGAGCCACCACUAGUUAAUCCUGUGUUUGUCUUCACGGAUAUUCAGCAAUCGAGCGCACUAUGGGGAAUGGGCAACGGUCUCAUAAUGCAACGUGCUACGGAGAUUCACGACAAUAUUCUGCGCUCGUUGCUGAUGAAAUACCGCGGCUACGAGAUUACGACGGCGGGUGACGCUUUUCAACUUGCAUUCCAUACUAUUCGCGAAGCAGUCGAGUACUGUUUAGAUGUACAGAUGGAAUUGCUGGUAGCUCCAUGGCCAAAGGAGUUGUGUGGGUUGCUGCCUGCAACAAAGAAACAACGUUUGGGCCAUCACCUUAUUUUCUGCGGGUUGCGUGUUCGCAUGGGCAUUCACGACGCAAUUAUAGCGGAUGGUCCGCUGAUAUUGGAUGUACACGCUGUGACAGGCAAAAUGACGUAUACGGGCGCCUCGGAAGUUAUCGCCAACGCAGUUGGUGAUUUAGGAGAUGGCGGCCAAGUUCUAGUAACGAAGCGCAUAGCAGACUGGCUGUAUAUGUACGCGGAUCUAGUGGCAAUUCCGUGCUCUGUCGAUCGUAUGGGUGAGUACACAGUUCCUCAGAUUAACGCAUUCGUGGAAGUCUAUCAAGUCAUCCCAAUCGAGCUAGCUAAGCGCAAGAAAAAGUUUUCGACAACGCUAAAGAAGCGUGUGACAGCGCAUCAAUAUGACAGCGCCCAGUCUAUCAAUGAUGACACACCUUCCGUUUUGAGCAAUGCCGCCGCCGAACGUCGACGAAAUCUGUACGCUUGGCGUGAACGUCGACGCCAACUGGAGCAGGGUGCACUUGAUCGUCAUGAGCAGCAUGUAAACCAAUUAAUGUAA